AUGUAUCCAGGAUUUCGUUCGUAUCCGCAUCCGGCGCAUCCGGUGCACCCGGAUCGCCGCGGGAUGUUUUACAGAUUCUACGAUCGCUACCGGAUAUUCAACGAUCGGCGUACCCGACCGUUUCCGUUCAGAUUCUACUGGGAGGAUUUCGGCGUUCCGGUAUUGACGAUUGACAAUGUAGAUCCUUGCAUCGAAGAGAACGGUGAGAAUCAUCGGACAUCCAGAUACGAGCUGAUGACCCGCCAGGAUGAUAGAGCAAGACUCGUCGUCAGACGUGGUCAGGAAUUUUAUCUGCACCUCAGUCUAUCGCGGGACUAUAAUUCUUCCAUCGACGGUAUUUCUAUCGUCUUCACUCUGGACGGCGUCGAGAGACCGCAACAUGGACACGGGACACUGGUGGCAACCGCCCUGCUGCAUCCCGGAGAGAUUUCCGAAGUCGCCUGGCAGACCACCAUAGACGCCAGAGGACCAAAUUUCCUGAGAAUAAAGGUUGUGACAUCCGCAAAUGCGAUUAUAGGUAGAUGGAAAAUGGAUAUCGAUACCAAGAACAAAGAAUCCGAAGGUGCUGUUAGUUACACGAUGGAUCGUCCGUUUUACUUGAUCUGCAAUCCCUGGUGCAUAGACGACGUGGUAUACCUGGAGGGUGAGGCCGAGCGUCAAGAAUACGUGUUGGCGGAAGAUGGUUUAAUCUGGCGUGGCAGUCACAAUCGUUUGCGGCCUACCGUGUGGAAGUUCGCGCAAUUCGAACGAGAUAUCUUGGACUGCGCCCUGCACAUGAUGAACCAGGUCGGCAGGGUCCGCGUCUCUGGUAGAAACGACCCGGUCAUCAUAACGCGCUGUCUGUCUGCCGCGGUAAACUCCCCCGACGACAAUGGCGCGGUGAUGGGAAACUGGUCGGACGAUUAUUCGGGCGGUACUCCACCUACAAGGUGGAUGGGCUCGCAGAAAAUACUCCAGCAGUACUACAAGACGAAGAAACCGGUCAAGUACGGACAGUGCUGGGUCUUUGCUGGUGUGCUAGCGACGAUUUGUCGCACUCUCGGUAUACCCUGUCGAGUGAUAACCAACUACUCGAGUGCGCACGAUACCCAGAGUAGUCUGACCGUGGACUACUUCGUGGAUGCGGAAGGCAAGAUCAUGGAGGAGCUUAACAGUGAUUCCAUAUGGAAUUUUCACGUCUGGAACGAAGUCUGGAUGACGCGAUUGGACUUGUCGCCGGAUUGCUCGGGAUGGCAGGCGAUCGACGCGACUCCUCAGGAACUGAGCGAGGGCGCGUAUCGUUGCGGACCGGCAUCGGUGGCCGCCGUUAAGAAGGGUGAAGUCCUGCGUCCCUACGACAACGCGUUCCUCUUCGCCGAGGUGAACGCCGACAAAGUCUACUGGCGUUACAACGGGCCUACGCAGCCGUUGAAGUUGGUCCGCAAGGACAUGUACGGUAUCGGCCAGCUGAUCAGCACGAAAGCGAUUGGCAGAUGGACAAGAGAGGACAUCACGCACACUUACAAGUAUCCAGAAAAGUCCGAUGAAGAACGUGCUGCUAUGCUAAAGGCGCUGCGCCAGAGCGAGUCUUUAUUUAGCCGUUAUUAUCUCAACGAGGAGUUCAACGACGUCAUGUUCACUUUCGAACUGCGCGAUGACAUCAUAAUCGGGCAACCAUUCAGCGUCGUACUAUUAAUAAAAAAUCGACAUUCGACGAUGGAAUACCGUGUGUCUGUGAUUCUGAGAGUGGAGACUGUGCUGUACACCGGUCGUGUAGGCGAUCCAGUGAAGAGGUUGAACAUCGACAGACUGGUCCGGCCAGGGGUGCUCGAAGAAAUUCGCAUGGAUGUGUCCUGGGAAGAGUACGGUCCGAGAUUGUUAGACCAAUGCGCCUUCAACAUCUCCUGCCUUGCCACCGUGAAGGACACGAACUUCGAGUACUUUGCGCAGGACGACUUCCGUGUUAGGAAACCUGACAUUAAGAUCACGUUGCAUAAUGACGCAGUCGUCGGUCAGACUCUUCACGCUUCGGCCAAAUUCCGCAAUCCGUUGCCGAUUCCUUUGAGGAAGGGUAGGUUCCUGAUCGAGGGGCCUGGUCUGGACGAGCAGUUGAAGAUAAAGCUAUCGGAAUCUGUCGAGGUGGAUGCAGACGCGGAGUGUAGCUUCUCCAUGAUGCCGAAGUUAGGAGGACGCGCCAGGAUAGCGGCAAAGUUUUAUUCGAGAGAAUUAGAGGACGUUGAUGGACAUUCGUACAAUUUUAUAGUCAAAUGGGCGAAAACCAAUAAUUCUGAAUAAUUGUGUAUUUUCUAUGAUAUUUUAGCAAAUAAUGUCGCGCAUCGUACGUGUUCUUUACCUUCGAGUUAUAUUUGUUCAUGAAUAGUGUGAUAAUAAUUCUUCACUGCGAUAAGAACAUGAUUAUUAUAUUUGUACUUAUAUAAUUGCUCUAAAAAGAUUGAAACUUUGUGUAAUAGUUUGCACAAGUUUUUAAAGUCAUAGAAUUAAUGUUUGGAAAAAAAUGAAAUUUAUAUUUUCUUGAUGGAAAGAAAGAAAUGUGAAACUAUACAACUUAAGAAAAUGAGGGUAAUACUUUGCCAAAAAUUUCGUUUUAUGUUAUAGGAAAUAUUAAGCUGCGAGAGGCGUAAAAUAUUCAUUUAUUUAUUGCAACUUGAGUGCAAAAAUCCAAACUGUAAGUGUAAAUUGUGUGUGUGUGUGUGUGUGUGUGUGUGUGUCAAUUAGUGCGGAUUAACUGAGAUACAAUGAAAAUUAUUUUUAUAAGUACUAUCUCUUCUUCUAUUCAUCUUUCAUGAUAGUGUUAUUACUUAUCUAUGUGUUCAUAAAAUGUAAAAUCGCAACGUUUAUACAUACGUUUAUUUUGUACGUGAAGAAAGUAAUUUGUGACUUAUUUUAAGUUCA